GCUCACUGGUGGUUAAUGGCGCUGAGCCAACAUGGCCUGUAAACAACAACACCGUCAAAGUGAAGUAAACUGAGCCGAAUGUCGAGCUGUUGCCUAAAGCUCCUCUAGGUCGCUUAAAAAAUGAAGUGAGGUGCUUUUCAACGAUGCGUCGAAAGUGUGUAUGACUGAUAUCCUUCACGCGAGACAUCACUAACUUCGGAGGGUAGCUUAUGAGCCAUGUCMACACAGCAGCCGAACAGCUCAGCCUCCAACAGUCCCAGCAGCAUCUUAGGUUCUCCUUUUUCUGUGAUCAGUCCCACUCUCAACUCCCCUGUGGUCUCACCUUCUCUGGGAUUUGGACCCAUCAACAGCAGUCAGAUCUCUUCUUCAGCACCUGUAUCAGGGAUGCAUUCAGUCAGCAGCUCAGAAGAUAUUAAACCUCCRUUUGGCCUCAGGCCCCUACAGACUCCGAGCCCAGGAGUAAUGACGUCCCAGAAGCGACUGUGUGUGAUCUGUGGUGACCGCUCUUCUGGCAAGCACUAUGGCGUGUACAGCUGUGAAGGUUGCAAAGGUUUCUUUAAACGAACUGUACGCAAAGACCUGAGCUACACCUGCAGGGAUAACAAAGAGUGCCUGGUUGACAAACGCCAGCGCAACCGUUGCCAGUACUGCCGCUACCAGAAGUGCCUGGCUAUGGGUAUGAAGAGAGAAGCGGUUCAGGAGGAGCGUCAGAGGAACCGGGAGCGUGAGGGCGAGCUGGAGUUCAGUGUCGGAGUGAACGACGAGAUGCCGGUGGAGAAGAUCCUGGAGGCAGAGACGGCCGUGGACAUGAGGACUGAGCUCCACUCUGACGGAGGCUCCGCUGGAAACUCGCCUCAUGAUGCUGUUUCCAACAUCUGUCAGACUGCAGACAAACAGCUGUUUGCUUUGGUCGAGUGGGCGAAGAGAAUCCCUCAUUUUUCUGAACUGCCUCUUGAUGAUCAGGUCAUUCUUCUGCGUGCAGGGUGGAAUGAGCUCCUGAUUGCUUCGUUUUCUCAUCGCUCUAUCCCUUUGAAAGAUGGAGCCCUGUUGGCGUCCGAGCUGCAGCGUGACGGCGCACACAUGACAGGAGUUGGAGCCAUUUUCGAUCGGGAGAAUGUGCAGAGUGCAGAAGUUGGUGCCAUAUUUGACAGGGUUCUUACUGAGCUUGUUAACAAAAUGAGAGAUAUGCAAAUGGACAAAACAGAGCUGGGCUGUCUUCGUGCGAUCGUCCUGUUUAACCCAGAUGCGAAGGGGCUCUCCAGCACAACUGAGGUGGAGCUACUUAGAGAAAAGGUCUAUGCAUCACUGGAAGCUUACUGCAAACAGAAGUAUCCAGAGCAGCAGGGAAGGUUUGCUAAGCUCCUCCUCAGACUGCCAGCGCUGCGAUCCAUCGGCUUGAAGUGCUUGGAGCAUCUCUUUUUCUUCAAACUGAUCGGUGACACGCCAAUCGACACGUUCCUCAUGGAAAUGCUCGAAGCGCCCCAUCAGCUGGCUUAGAUUGGAAAUGCGCACUGUGGGUGUUUUUUUUUUUUUUUUUUUUUUUUUUAGAAAGCUGGAGUCUGGGAAGUGAGCGUGGGACUGGAGUGGCACUUUAAGUUCUUCUACGAUUUGUCAGUUUGUCUCACUGCUGUCUGCGUUACACUUCAGUGCAGCACAGAUUUGCUCUUUUAGACCAAACUCAAGGCUUGGCGUGAUCUAUAAGCUGGUGCUAUAUGCUGUCAUACCUUCACAAGUAACGGUAAUAAAAAACAAAUGAUUAUUUUUCAAGACAUUUUACAUAUCCUUCUCACAAAAAAAAAAAGCUAUAAUUUGGGUACUCAUUUUUAUAUAAACUUUUUAAACUCCGGACUUCAUCAUCCCUUUUUAAUUCUAAAGGGCAUCUUGAAUUGUGAGCACGCAGUAAAGAUGCAAGCUUUUUUUUUUUAAAGAUCAUUAAAACCAGAUCUAAUCGUUGUAUCAGUCCUGCACAGCAAACCUCCAAACCCCGGGGAACAUGACAGAUUGAAAUUAUCUAGCCUCGCUUACCUGUGUUGAUUGAGGAUCAGCUUUGUGUUUAGUAAUUAUGAUUAGUGUUUACAUCCUUUCCCUUCAAAAAAAAGGCCCAAUAUUUGUGAUGUACAUUUUCCUAAAUUGACUUUAAACACUUGGCCUGUGAGUGGUCAGGAGUUUCUCGUGGUGCUAGCUCAGAAAUAAUUUGACAUUAUGGGUGACGUUGCACACCAAACUACAAAAUUAAGAAUAUAUGCAAAAAGGAAGAAUUCUUUUGUUUAAAAUGUAGCAAUAGAUACAGAAGCCUAUCAUUAAAUUCAGAGGUUUUACUAAGAAAACGGUGUCCAGUGGAAAGGGAACAUCCCUUUUUUUAUUUUUAUUUUUUGUAAUUUAUACAGUUACUAGGUACUGUGCAAAGGUAAUUGUUCAGGGAAAGUGCACAUUGACACAUUUUGACUAAUUAUCAGGAAAUACAAAUGAGAUUAAAAUGUGCCCCAAUAGAAUAAAGCAGAAUGUGUCUUGGUUGCACUGGAUUUACUGAGACAGCUUCAGACAACUUAAAAAAAUUAUUUCUUUUUAAUUUGUCACUCAGUUUGUGCAACGUUUCCCUCCGUUUCAUCACARUAAGCUUUCUGCCGUUUAUUCAAAGCAAACGUAAUCACGUUUCGGUCCACAACACUUGGACAUGUGACCGUCUCGAUCAAACCCAGAUGAAGUUUGUGUGACGUCCACGUGGAACCACGACACGAACGGUAUCGGUGUGAUUGUCGUCAGCGCUCAACAAAAGUGACUUAAAGUGUGGGGGGUGGGGUGGGGUGGGUGCAAAGAAUAAAGCUCAUGUUUUGCUUGCUUUUUCUUUCCUCUUAAAGUGUCACAUUAUUAUUUUUCCCCCCCACAGAGAGCAAAGUGUUGCUUUUUGACAACUAAUGCAAUUGAAGGACGAUUAAAAGAAAGUCAAAAUGU